AUGCUGUUCACGUUGGAAAACGUGCCGGUCAUCGUUUUGGGCGUGAUAUUGGCCUAUUUCGUGGCGCCGUACCUCCAAGUGUCGCGACUUCGAGAUAUCCCCAGUCCGAGUUUUGCGGCGUUUACCAACCUCUGGCUGCUGCUUCAGGCGCGUCAGGGGAAACGGUACUUGUCGGUCGAUGAGGCGCAUCGGAAAUAUGGCAAGCUGGUGCGCAUUGCGCCUCGUCAUGUGUCGAUUGCCGACGAUGAGGCGAUCAAUGCGGUAUAUGGACAUGGCAAUGGUUUCCUGAAGGCUGACUUCUAUGAUGCUUUCGUCUCCAUCCGUCGAGGGCUGUUCAACACCCGCGACCGUGCCGAGCACACUCGCAAACGCAAGACCGUCUCGCACACAUUCAGCGCCAAGUCCAUUGGUCAAUUCGAGCAAUACAUCCACGGCAACAUCGAGCUCUUCGUCAAGCAAUGGCGCAAGCUAGCCGAUCUGGAGGCCAACCCCAAGACCGGCUAUGUCAGCCUGGACGCCCUCAACUGGUUCAACUACCUGGCCUUUGACAUUAUCGGCGACCUGGCAUUCGGUGCCCCCUUCGGCAUGUUGGAAAAGGGUCAGGAUAUCGCCGAGAUGCGCAUGCACCCCAACGACCCACCCAAGUACGUCGCGGCCGUCGAGGUGCUCAAUCGUCGUGGUGAAGUCUCCGCCACCCUGGGCUGCAUGCCCUCACUGAAACCCUGGGCGAUGUAUAUUCCCGAUAAAUUCUUCAGCGAGGGUCUCCAGGCCGUUCAGCAUCUCGCCGGAAUCGCCAUCGCCCGCGUCAACGAGCGUCUCAAGCCCGAAGUCGCCGCCAACAACACGCGCGUGGACCUCCUCGCCCGUCUCAUGGAAGGCAAAGACGGCAAUGGCAAUACCCUCGGCCGCGAAGAACUCACCGCGGAGGCGCUCACGCAACUCAUCGCCGGCUCCGACACCACCUCCAACACCGCCUGCGCCAUCCUCUACUGGUGCCAGCGUACCCCAGGCGUCAUCGCCAACCUGCACAGGAUCCUCGACAAGGCCAUCCCCGCCGACAUCGACGUGCCCACCUUCGCCAUGGUCAAGGACAUCGACUACCUGCAAUGGGUCAUCUGGGAGACCAUGCGCAUCCACUCCACCUCCGCCAUGGGACUCCCGCGCGAAAUCCCCGCGGGCGCCCCACCCGUCGUCAUCUCCGGCCACACCUUUGGACCCGGCGACGUGCUCUCGGUGCCCAGCUACACGAUCCACCGAUCCAAGGAGGUCUGGGGCCCCGACGCCGAGCAAUUCGUUCCGGAACGGUGGAAUCCCGAGCGAUUGACGGCCCGGCAGAAGGCGGCGUUUAUCCCGUUCAGUUAUGGGCCUCGGGCAUGUGUGGGCAGAAACGUCGCGGAGAUGGAGUUGCUGGUGAUUAGUGCGACGAUGUUUAGGUUGUUUGAGUAUCGAAUUGAGCAGGAUGGACCGAUGGAGACGAGGGAAGGGUUCUUGAGGAAGCCUCUGGCGUUGCAUGUGGGGAUGAAGCGACGGAUGCCUGGUUCCGCUUGA